AUGCAUUUCAACACAUUUAUUACUCUUUCCCUGGCAGCUUUUGCGGCUGUCUCUGCCUCCCCAGCUUCUGACCUGGAGGCACGUGACAAGAUUCAGUGCAAGAACAAUCAAAAGGCAGUUUGCAAGGUCAAGGAUGUGACUAUCUUCGCUAUUCUAUCCGACCUUGAUGCCUUGAACUGCAUCAAUGUCUUGAAUGGAAACCAAGUUUGUGUUGAUAUUUGA